CCUAGUUCAUGUCGCGCGGUGCGAACUCCUUCUGCCUGGUACUCGACUUCCCCACGUUGUGCUCCUCUCCUUCGUCCACGCUCGGAGAGCGGUUCAAGACCACCUCUACUACAUACCCGCGCGAUUCGCGCUCGUGGCCGUCGGGCCCGUUGCGUUACCCGUUCUUCAGCUGCUUCGUCGCUGGAGAGCUCCGAUGCGACUGGUGCCACCACCGCGACUACUCCAGGCGCAGCGGUGGCAGCAGCGCCACCUUGGCAACUUACUUCUCCACUUUCUACUUCGCGACAUCAUGGAGCACCAUUCACGGUACCAGCAACUGGACAACGAAAAGUGACUCGAAGUGGAGGUACCAGUGGGGGUGGAGCAGGUGCAAUUGGUAGUAAUGAUCCCACGAUAGGGGUGAGACGCAAACGUCGACAUCUUGCAGCGUUGCCAAAAAAUGCGGAUGUUGCUAUCGGCGGUACGCAAAGGGUAUUGGAUGUGAAGGUAUGA